CAACAACAACAACAACCUAUUGAUGUUAAUACAGUGCUAACUAAUAGCUCCGGUAUCCGAUACCGUAAGAGGACAGUCAUGUGUUUUUCAUGUAUAACAUUGAUAGCCGGCCUAAUUGUGAUUAGUCUAGCCAUGAAUUAUAUUAAUUAUAUGCAUUAUGAUAGAGAUAUUGCCACACAAUGGGAACUGGGUGUCAACAUACCGGCACUGGCCGUACAGUUUGUCGGUUUAGUUGGCGCCCGACGCGAAAACCAGUCGGCCAUCUGGUGGUACAGCCUACUGAUGGGACUGUUUGCCGGCCUGAGUAUCGGUACUGGACUGUUGUCCGAUUUUAUAGCCAACUGGUUGCUGACUGGCCUGUACUCUAUGUGCAGUUGUCUGGCCCUGACGUUUGCCUACGAGUUGCGUCGGCUGCGUCUGAAUGCAGCCAUUGCCCAGUUAUGGCAAACCACCGGUGCUAGCGGUGGUGCCGGUAUAUCAGUUAGCGGUGGACAGCCGCCGGCUACACAGUUUGGCGGUGGCGGCAGCAAUCACGGGGGUGUCAUCCAAAUGAUUAGUCCGGCAUCGAUGAUACAGCCGUCGACAGUCUAUCAGCCAACCGGAGCCACUGGUGGUCCUGCUGUUGGUGGUGGUGAUGGUGGUGGUAGCGGUCAAGUUUACCCGUUAAAUCCCGGUGCCAGUGGUAAUGGCUAUUGGCAGUAUGUCGAGCAUCCGCCCAGUUAUCAACAAUCGGUGACUACUACUACUGAUAGACAACAAUACAAACUACAUCCUCAACCACAACAACAAUACUAA